CUUUGCCGCUCAGUGAAUCGUCGCUACUAAGCGAAGAUCUGCGCAGCGAAUCUACAUACUCAUCAGUCACGGUCAUCCAGCGCCGUCCUGUCCACUGCAUUUGGGAUUUGACGCGACUCCCAAGUCAAGACUUUUCAGUACACCAAGUCACCAAUACUAUCUCCACUGUACCACACUGGAACGAUGCUUCCAACGCGGACGCAGUCCCUGCUUCUAUUCAUUGCUGCUGUUGGGAUUGUCUCUUGGACUCUCAUUUGCUUAGAUUCACCGCAUCUGAGCUUCCCCAAAGACGAGGGACCAAUUGCUUGGACGCGGUGCAAAGAGAAUGCGGCCUUCUUUUGUGGAUACCUGGAGUGCGUGUUCGAUCGUGCAACUGUGAAGAUCGAUAAACUGUUCAGUAGAGUUCCGACUGACUAUGAGAAUCGCGAGGCUGGAAGCCACAUUCUCGCCGUGACAAAGUACCCGACCUCCUGCCCGCCUUCCGAAAGACUGGGUAUUGUCAUGACCAAUUACGGUGGCCCGGGGGUCUCAGGGAGAGCUUCUUCCUUCCAAUUGGGACCCAGGCUUCAAGAGCUGACUGGAAACCGUUAUGAUAUCAUCUCGUUUGAUCAGCGAGGACACGGCCACUCUCUCCCUAAACUGAACUGUUUUGGCUCAGCUUUGGGCUAUGAGACGUUCAAAGCCAACACUGUUCUUGAGACGACCUUCCUCAUCCCCGAGGACCCUUUCUCUCCAGAGGGUCGUGCGAUAUUGAUUGAGCAGCAGAGAGCCGCUCUUGCUCUGGAGCGGACCCAAGGGCUCAUGUGCGAAAACGCCAUCGGUGGAGAAGCACUGGGAUUCAUGAGUACGACGACAACCGUGUACGACAUGGAAGAAAUAUCCCGGAUACUGGAGGGAGAGAACGCCUUGAUCAACUUUGCAAGUGUCUCACACUUCGAACCUGCUGUGACUGACUCAGAGUCGAAUAGUGGGGAGGUGGAAGUCUCGAUCUUGAAAGUUGCUUCUUUGCCUGAUUCUUCCAGUCUUACGGUAUGGUCUAUCGUCGGAGCCUACCUCGCAAACAUGCUCCCUCACAAAACGGGCAAGGUUCUCAUUGACGGUGUUGUACCUGCCGACAUGUGGGCGAACGACCAUUAUGAAUCGCAAACUCUUUUGCGUGUCUUACUGGGGGACUCCGAGAAAACAUAUCAGUAUUUCCUCUCCGAGUGUUUUGUUGCAGGACCGCAGCGUUGUUCGUUGGUAUUGUCCGCAGAUGGAGGACCAAGCGACAUCGGGGACCGCAUCGACCAAUUCUUAGACCGUUUGCAAGAAGAUCCCAUGCCAGUGGUCAACUACGAUCGCGUGCUUUCCUUGACCUCAGGCCAUAUUCGAAGUCGGCAUUCUGUAAUUGGCACCCUUGCACUUGCUUAUCAACAUCUCUUCUCAGGUUCGCUCUUCACAGCACUCCAAAUACCCAGCCUAUGGGCUCUGUAUGCGGAAAUGCUCGCGAGUGCCAUGUACGAUUCCGAUGCUUCUCAGCUGCUACUCCUCGUAGCUCCUCCGUACUCUCCUCCGAGUCCUGAGCCGGACCAGGAAGGAUACAUCGAGACAGGCCAAGGCGAUUUGUGGCGAUUGAUUUUGUCAUGUGGAGACGCGUUGCCCUAUCCAGGAGGAAACAAAACCUGGCCUACAGCAGAAGAGAUUGUCGACAACGUCCUCGUGACGAUGGAAACUUGGCCUCGGUUCGGCGGCACAGUCCAUCUCAUGGAACAGCACGGAGGUUGUCAGUACUGGGCAGGGACUGGUGUAGGACCUACACGCUACAGGUCAAUGCUUGCAUCAUUUCCCAUUUUUGACUCGACUGGCACCGUCCAGAAAACCUUGACGACACCCGCACUGUUGCUCGCCAAUACGCACGAUCCAAUCACUCCAUACUCAAGUGCGAAGAUCGUGCAGAACACGAUGGGAGCUUCGAGCCGUCUUGUACUUCAAGACGUGCCGGGACAUUCUUAUCUCGCACCAACGACCCAAUGCGCGAUCCGGCUCAUUAGCGAGUACUUCGCGAACGGUGUGAUUCCAGAAGAUGCAGAAACGUUCUGCUCUCGUGAGAUCGACAAUUAUUUCGAAUCUCUCACAGACAUGAGCGACGCUCAGAUGAUAUUAAGACGCAUUUAG